GAAAGCCUGGUUUGAGGCUAUGUCGUUCUCAACAUGGCGGCUGAAAAUCUGUUCGAUCCAAGAUGGCGCACGUGCGCGACAGCGACACAUCUCUGUGGCUACAUAAUAAGCUUGGGACAAGCAACGACUUAUGGUCCGGCUAUUCCAUAUGUUCCCAGUUGAACCAAGACGUCCUGAAAAACAUACGAGAGUGUUUCAUCGACCUGCAGUCCCAGGUUAAGCUGAAAUUGCUCCUGUCCUUUUUGCACAUUCCGCGGCGCAAUGUCGAAGAGUGGAAAGUCGAGCUGGAAGAGAUACUUGAGGUGGCCUCGGCGGACAGCGACCAGUGGGUCAGCAUGCUGGCCGAACUGUUGCGUUCUUUUCCAAGCACCGGCACGCUCAACUUCAACAUCGAGGAGAACUCUGGCGUCUUCGUGGACCUCUGCAAUGACCUGAGAAAGUUUGUGAAGAAGCACGCCGACAAGAAUAUCCUGCCCCUCGAGUGCCUGUACCUGAACAAACAUGCCCUCACUGCCCUGGUGGGCCAGCUCCCACAACCCGUCAAGCACUUCGCUCUCAAGCGCAAACCCAAGUCUGCCGCCCUUCGAGCCGAGCUUCUCCAAAAGUCACAAGAUGCCCUCUCCAACGCCAAACGCAACACCUCGUCUUCCUCGGUGCCAAUCCGGUGUCGGGGUCUCACCAAGAAUCUCAACGACUCCAGUCCGCUGCGUGGGAUCCCGAGCCGCGUUCCCACGGGCGGCUUUAAGACGCCCACCAGCGCAAACAGGAUGAAUUCGGGAACGCCGCUGAGUCGCUCCCUCACCAAGCCUAUGGGGAACAAGAAGGACGGAGGGAUUAAGCUCCUGGACAUCAACGAGCAGCCGCUCGGCUAUGGCAGAGACGCAAAAAGAAGGAAAAAGCCAACAGAGGAACUUCCCGACAUGCAGAAGAAAGAGAAGGAAGCCCCGGCGGUGCCGACAACUUCCGCCGCUCCUGUCACGCCCGACUAUGCGGCUGGCCUUCUCUCUUCGUCCCAACUUUCUUCGGUACCGGCAUCCCCAGCUGCGGCGUAUGGUCUUCCAGCCACCAGCGCAGCUCUGCCCACAAUUGCAGCUAAGACGAACCCACCUUUGCAAGUGACCACGAGCGGCCAAGUUGCGGCAAAACGCGAUGCCGCAGAGCAGCCAACGUCAGCUGCGGCUUUGGCUGCGCCAGUCCAGCAGCACGAGUCUUCCCGCGCCGUCGGCGACCAGCAACAGGGUGCCUCCUCGGCCAAUCAGCCGCCAGCGGUUCAGGCGGAGAUCGUGCGGCGCACCACGGCGACGCUGGGAGACUUGGCGGCCUUGAGCAGUGGCGGGGGCAUGGUUCAACAUAUUGCGGUGCAGAACGUGGCGCCCGCGGCCCAGCAGACAGCAGUUGUCGUCACCACACAGCCGCAGCAGCGUCCAGGCCUCUCCCUGUCGCUGGACCAAGUGUCGGAGGCCCAGGAAAUGUUCAAAAACUCCAACAAGGUGUCGCGUUCCGAGAAGGCACUCAUCCUGGGCUUCAUGGCUGGAUCCAGAGCCAAUCCGUGUCCAGAGUUGGGCAACCUCAUCACAAUUCGCCUGAGCGAGAACAAAGAGGACAUCGUGCAGCCGGGAGGUGCCGUGAAGCAAGCGAUCGUGGAGACCCACUUCCAGAUGAACUACAACACAGGGGAGUGGAAGCGCGUCCGGAAGAUCCGCGAAAUCGAGGACUGAGAGCGCGCCCGCCGAAGACGAGGUCUCGUUUUUUUCUCUCUUGCAGUUGGUCGGUUUUUGUUUAGUCUUAGCAUCUGGCAUCACCUCCCUUACUCACUUUAUUUUUGUGCCACCUCGAUUUGCAGUUUCUUCGUUCGAGCCAUCUCUAGAACACUGUUUCUGACAGUGCAGAAAAGUUUGUUGAUCCAUGCUCUGUAUUUGUGGUAUCUAGGGUCCAGGCAAAAGGCAUAGGCUGCACACACUCUUUAUUUUUAGGCUCUUUUGAAGGAAAUAUGUAUUUGAUGGGUGCAUAUCGUAAGGCUAGAUGACACUUUUGCAACUGCUUUCUACAAGUUUUUUUUAUGCCCACAGCUGGGGUUGUGGGAGGUACAAAACAUGGCUGGAUGUCUGCCUUGGUGGUCUUUCUAAUAGCGAGAUGUACAGCCUGGCUCGUCACAGAGCCGUCAUUGCCAUCAGUCAGCACUAUUACGCUUCUGAAGAGAGAAGAAUGCACAUGUACCAUAUGUAUAUCCUGUUUUGUAUAUACUAAAUGCAUUUAAUUUUUUUUUUUUUUUCAUCGCAAUUGUUUGUCACAUUUAGAAUGCAACGUUUUGUUUCUUUUUCAGUUCUGCCGGGUGUUCUUUGUAAAGUUGUCGGGGAUUGCCCCGUCGCCCGUACUCUUUGUAUCCCGUGUUGUGUUUCUGUUUAUUAUGGCGGUGCUUAUGUGAUUGCAUUGCACAGUGGAGCCGUCCCUUAUUUAUUCCUCGUGUCACGUCAGUGGGUAAAUAUAUGCCGUGAAAUGUGUAAGGUAGCGUUUGCACAUGAAUGGACAGGUUUGCAUGAUAUUAUUACUUCCUUUUGAAGAGAACAACUAAUGGAGGCUUGUCAUUUUUAAUAAUGAUUAAUGCGGUACCCCGACACCCACCGUGCAACGUUUGUAAAAUGUUUGCUGCAUAUGCUCGUAAUCUGCUGCUGUAAUUUGCAAUGCUUUGUGCUUGGAGCGUGGCAAUUUCAUGUUCAGGAAGAAAACAAAAUAAAUAUUUUCAGUACAUUC